AAAACAUAUCUUAUUUUGAGAUCUUUCAAUUCGAUCACGGGAUUCGUUGUCAGAAAGAUGGGUGACUAUCUCAUCAAAGAAGCGUCGAUGCUGAUGACAGUCAGAGAUGAGGUUGAAGAGCUGAAGACGGAGUUGACUUGCAUCCACUGUUAUCUCAGGGAUGUCGAAGCACGAGAAAGAGAAGAUGAGGUCUCAAAAGAGUGGAGUUUUAGAUAUAGCUUAUGAUGUAGAAGAUGUUUUGGACACUUAUUUUCUAAAAUUCAAAGAAAGAUCACAGAGGAAAGGUUUGAUGAGACUGGCCAACAAAAAAGGAUGCGUACAAUAUAGGUGACGAUAUCAGAUCCCUCAAGAGAAGACUUGUCGAUAUCACUCGCAAGCGUCAGACUUACGGCGUAGGAAGAUUCAAAGAGGUAACAAGUUCGAGGGUGAGGCAGCUUCGACGUGCUCGACCUGUUGAUCACGAAGAGCUAGUAGUUGGUUUUGAAGAUGAUGUUAAGUUUCUUUUGGCAAAGCUUCUUGAUGAUGAGGGUGAGCGAUAUAUCAUCUCGAUAUUUGGCAUGGGAGGUCUCGGGAAGACUGCUCUUGCUAGGAAGCUCUACAACUUGGGGGAUGUAAAGAGAAGAUUUGAGUAUCGCGCCUGGACCUAUGUUUCUCAAGAUUAUAAUACACGAGAUAUGCUUUUAAGAAUCAUAAGAUCUCUAGGAGUUGCUUCUGGUGAAGAGCUUGAAAGGAUCAAGAUGUUUACAGAGGAGGAGGAGCUAGAAGCUUACCUUCAUGAUCUUCUAGACGGAAGAAGGUACUUGGUGGUGGUAGAUGAUAUAUGGAAGCAGGACGCGUGGGAGAGCCUAAAGCGAGCCUUACCGUGCAAUCAUGGAGAAAGUAGAGUCAUCAUCACUACACGCAUCAAAGCUGUGGCUGAAGGCGUGGAUGGGAGAGUCUAUGUUCAUAAGUUAAGGUUUUUGACGUUUGAAGAAAGCUGGAAACUGUUUGACCAGAAAGCAUUCAUGAAUUUUCAAUGGGUUCAAAAAUGCGAUGGGUUACCUCUUGCUAUAGUCGUUCUUGCUGGGCUAUUGUCUAAGAAGAGGCCAAAUGAGUGGCAUGAGGUGUGUGCCAGUGCUGGCGAUUCCUAAAGGAUAACUCUAUUCAUAUAUCCACUGUAUUCGAUUUAAGUUUCAACGAGCUGCAUUAUGAGUUGAAACUCUGCUUUCUUUAUCUUAGCGUCUUCCCUGAGGACUAUGAGAUUGAUGUGGAGAAAUUAAUACACUUACUUGUAGCAGAAGGGUUUAUACAAGAGGAUGGAGAAAUGAUGAUGGAAGAUGUGGCUCGGCAUUACAUAGAAGAGCUGAUAGACAUAAGCUUAGUGGAAGCAGUGAGGAGAGAAAGAGGGAAAGUGGUGUUUUGUAGAAUCCAUGAUCUUCUUAGAGACGUGGCUAUCAAGAAAGCAAAAGAGAUCAACUUUGUAAGUCUUGUUUAUAACGAGCAUCAUUCUUCAACUACUUGCAGAAGAGAAGUGGUACACCAUCUUAUGGACAACAACUACUUGUGUGACAGACGUGUGAACAAACGGAUGCGGUCCUUCUUGUUCUUCGGAGAGCAGAAGGGAAUGCUGGGAAGUUAUGUUAAGACCACAAACUUGAAACUGAAGCUACUUAGAGUGCUUAAAUCUCAGAGGGCUUCUGUUUGAUUGUGAAGGAUACAUCCCCUUUAUGAGUUUACCAGAUGUGAUAUGCGAGUCAAUACACUUGAGGUAUCUUGGUGUAGCUGAUACUGGUCUUAGACAUUUACCAUCUCCCAUCUCCAACUUAGAGUUUCUACAAACACUAGAUGCAUCAGGCAACCGGUUUGAGGGAAUGACUGAUCUACGUAAGCUCACAUCACUAAGGCACCUCAUGGGAAGAUUCAUUGGAGAAUUACUAAUAGGAGAUGCGGUUAACCUUCAGACUUUAAGGUCUAUCUCCUCCUAUAGCUGGAGUAAGAUACAAUGUAAGUCACUCAAAAACCUUCGAGACUUGGAGAUAUAUGAUUCCGGGUAUGUAGAGCUGACAAGAGUUCGUUUAAACUUGAGUUCCUUCUCUAAUCUAACAAAUCUCCGUGCCUUAACUCUGAGAGUACCGACCUUCAGAAUAUCAUCAGAGGCAGUUGUGUUCCACAUGGAUGUGUUCUUUCCCAGUCUUGAGUCUUUGACAUUUUCCGGAACAAAUCUCGAGGAAGACCCAAUGCCUGCUUUGCAGAAACUGCCCAGACUGGAAGAUCUAGUCCUGGAAGAUUGUGAUUGCUCGGAAGUAAAGAUGAGCUUCAGUGCACAAGGUUUUGCUCGGCUGAGGAAGCUUGCAUUGUUCAGGGUAAGAUUAGAUUCAUUGUGGAUAGAAGAAGAAGCCAUGCCUAGUUUGAUGCAUCUGAAUCUGGUCAACAGAUUAGGACCAAGAACGAAGAUGAUGAUUCCAGAUCGAUUCUUGGCACUUGUUAGAGGGUACUAGAUUAUAAGCUUAUGAUUCAAUAUCUAACUUUUAGGCCCUGCUAUACAUAAUUUCAAGAAUAUGAUGAGCUUUUGGAAAAAGAAAAAAAUUACUGCCACGCACACACAUGUCAACACAAGAAUAUCAUGGUUUUUUUAAUUUAAAAAAAGAAAAAUGUAAUUACAAUAGCUUUUCUGAAGAAAAAUUGCACUGUAACCAUCAAUAUUAGUCCUUAUUCAAUUUGUCAACAGGUGGGGGCACAAUUCGCCAAACCAACAGGACAAAAACUUAGGAAAACAAGGGGAGACAGCGUCUAGUUUUGAACACUAAAACAAGUGGCUAAAACUCUGAUCCUCUGGUUCUCUCUGUUAUAUAAACAGAACUCAUGGAAGCUCAUCUUCUUUCAUCAACAACUUUCACAAAUCAAUUCUCCUUUUCACAAACAAAAAACAAAGCAAGAGUUUCUCUUAUUUCUCCAUUUAAAAAAAAAAAAGAAAGAGAAAAGAUGAGUUCAAGAAGCAAAGCAUGGUUAGUGGCAGCAACCAUCGGAGCCGUGGAGGCCUCGAAAGACCAAUUGGGACUAUGCCGGUGGAAUUACAUGAUCCGAUCUGUGAAUCAACGUAUCCGAAACAACGUGAGAUCCGCUGCUCAGGCGAAUAUGUUCUCUUCUUCAUCCACCAUCCCGCUUGCCUCCUGUAAGGAUGGUGACAAGGCAAAGCAAGCUGAGGAGUCUCUCAGGACCGUCAUGUACUUGAGCUGUUGGGGUCCUAAUUGAUGAAGACAAAUUGAUCGAGAUCCGACAGGUUGUAUCUAUGUGGCGGAGCUGUGAAAUCAAAAUCCCUAAAUAGCUGUGAAAUCUUUCGGGAUGCAAUCAAAUAACGGAUUCGAAUUGUAUAAGGCAAAAUGAUACUUGUACAGAAUUCAGGGAUGAAUAUAAGAGUUUAUGUAAAUCCUGCAUGUUACUGGAAAAUAUAGAGCUUUCUAUGAUC